AUGAGCUUUAACGCUUCAUCUUCAUUAGCAGGUGAUGCUAUACCUGCUAAUGUAUCUUCCAUCCCCCAAUUCUAUACCAAAGAAGGGGCCCAAAUUAUAUUGAAUAAUUGUUGGAAUUUUUAUCAAUCAAUGUCUUGGUUACAAUUCUUUUUAACUUUAAUUGUUAUUGGUUUGUCUUAUGAUCAAAUCAUGUAUCAAAUUAGAAAAGGGGUUAUCGCUGGUCCUCGUUUCAAAGUUUGGCCAAUCAUUGGUCCUUUCUUAGAAUCUUUAGAUCCUAAAUUCGAAGAAUAUAAAGCAAAAUGGGACUCUGGUGAAUUAUCUUGUGUUUCUAUCUUUCAUAAAUUUGUGGUUAUUGCUUCUUCUAGAGAUUUAGCAAGAAAAAUUUUGGCUUCUCCAAGAUAUGUUAAACCUUGUGUUGUUGAUGUUGCAAUUAAAAUUUUAAGACCAACUAAUUGGGUCUUUUUAGAUGGUAAAGCUCACACUGAUUACCGUAGAUCUCUUAAUGGUUUAUUCGUUCAAAAAGCUUUGGAAAUUUAUAUCCCAGUUUUAGAAAAAUAUAUGGACCUUUAUUUAGAAAAAUUUACUAAUUACGAUGGUCCAAGAAAAUUCUUCCCAGAAUUUAGAGAAUUAUUAUGUGCUCUUAGUUUAAGAACUUUCUGUGGUGAUCAUAUCACUGAUGAUCAAAUCCAAUUAAUUGCUGAUAACUAUUUUAAAAUUACUGCUGCUUUAGAAUUAGUUAAUUUCCCAAUUAUCAUUCCUUUCACUAAAACUUGGUAUGGUAAAAAAAUUGCUGAUGAAACCAUGAAAAUUUUUGAAGAUUGUGCUGCUAAAUCUAAAGUUUUAAUUAAUGAACAAAAUGGUAAAUCUGGUUGUAUUAUGGAUGAAUGGAUUUCCCUUAUGAAAGAUGCUAAAUUAAAACAUAGUGAAGAUCCUGAAUCAAGAUUAUUAAUUAGAGAAUUCUCUAAUCGUGAAAUUUCGGAAGUUAUUUUCACUUUCCUUUUCGCUUCUCAAGAUGCUUCUUCUUCUUUAGCUUGUUGGUUAUUCCAAAUUGUGGCUGAUCGUCCUGAUGUUGUUGCUAAAGUUAGAGAAGAACAAUUAAGAGUUAGAAAUAAUGAUCCAAAUGUUCCUCUCUCUUUAGAUCUUAUUAAUCAAAUGACUUAUACUAAUGACGUUGUUAAAGAAUCUUUACGUUACCGUCCUCCUGUCUUAAUGGUUCCUUACGUUGUUAAACAACCUUUCCCAGUUACUGAUACUUAUACUGCUCCAAAAGGUGCCAUGCUUAUUCCAACUUUAUAUCCUGCUUUACAUGAUCCAGAAGUUUAUUCUGAUCCUGAUACUUUCAUUCCUGAAAGAUGGGAAAAUGCUACUGGUGAUAUGUAUAAACGUAAUUGGUUGGUUUUUGGAACUGGUCCUCAUGUUUGUUUGGGUAAAAAUUAUGUCUUAAUGACUUUUACUGGUAUGUUGGGUAAAUAUUUAAUGAAUGCUGACUUGGUUCAUCAUCCUACUCCUCUUUCGGAAGAAAUUAAAGUUUUCGCUACUAUUUUCCCUAAAGAUGAUUUAAUCAUGGAAUGGCAUAAGAGAGAUCCUUUACAAGAUGUUAAUCCUGAUGAUAAAAUCUCAAAUGUUUCCACUUCUGUCGAAGCUACUGCAUAA